GGAUCAUUAAACGGUCGCCACUCUUUUCAGAAACAAAAAUCUCUGUCUAAGAUAAACAGAGAAUAAAUCCCAGUUAAUUAACAUAAAGAGAAAAGACUAUACGCACUCUCUGUUACAGAACAACCAUGGAUGCAAUAGGACCAUCUCUUGCUUACAAUUACAUCAACCAUAAAAACCAACUUUCUGAUUUCUCUUCUUCUGCUGCUGCUCAAUCUUUAAAUUUGUUCUUCCAUUCUCAACGUUCUAUCUCUACUCCUCACACAUUCAAGUCUCUCUGUUAUAUUAGGAGCUCUGAAACGAGAAGAAGAAGCAGGAGUCUCAAACCCAUACAUGCAUCUUCAAAUACAGAAAGUAUUUCUUCAGAUAAUCAAGAAAGAUGGCUUCUUGAACCUGUAGGCGAUGGUGACACAAAACACAUUGGUUUCAAUGUUCCAAUGCCAGGUGCAUUUGAGAUUGCCUCAAGUGUAGUGACUGUGGGACGUCUUCCUGAGAAAGCAGACAUGGUAAUUCCUGUGGCAACAGUAUCUGGUGUUCAUGCUCGGAUUAAGGUGAAAGAAGGAAAUCUUCUAGUUAUAGAUCUUGACAGCACAAAUGGAACAUUUAUUGACAAGAAAAGGCUUAGUCCUGGUGUGGUUGCCAUGGUGUCGCCAGGAAAUUGCCUUACUUUUGGUGAUACGUCGUUAGCGAAGUUUCGUGUUUCAAAACUCAAGAAUGUGGAGCUUCCAAGCAAACUAGAACAAGAAUUUGAAGUGAAACUUGAUUCUGAUGUUCCAACUGAGAAUAUAUCAGAAACAGCAAGUUAAGAGACAAUAAUCCUGAGAAUUUUAAGCAAGUUAUGUAUACCUAUGUCAGAGUUUCUCUGCUAUCUUUGAUUGUAAAUUGGGUUAGUUAUUGCCAUUGGUCUUGAGAUAAUGAAAUGGAGAAAAAAUGCCAAUGAAGUUAAGUUCAAGACAAGUAGAAGUAAAGACUUAAAAGUCGUUUGUGUUUGCUUUUUCUCCACGAAAUAAUUGAAGUACCAAAGACUUGAUAAAUGACUUUUGCCAAGUGGAAAUAGCACACAAUAGUGUACCCAAGAAGCA